CCAGAACAACAAGGAAACACCCGCAAUCUAAAGCACAAGCCAAUCUGCAGUAAUGGGUACUAGAAGCUGCCACUUCGUGUUAUUCUCCUUGUGUCUUUUCUAUGGUUCAGGUUCAGGAACAGCCAAGAUAUUAACGAAUAAAAAAAACCAGGAAAUAUUCUCAUCAUCGGAAUUGGGCACUCAAUUGGAUGACGUUCCUAUCGUCAAUCCCACAAAUCCAGACACAGGAAAUCCGUAUAUGGGAAACCCUACAAAUCCUCAACCACCUGACAUGUCAGGACAAAACCCCACAACCCCAAACACAAAUCCAACCACACCAACCACAAACCCAACCACACCAACCACAACCCCCACAACACCAACCACGACCACUCCUACAUCAUCAGGCGGUCAAUGGUGUGUCGCUAACCAAGGAGCUUCAGACACUGCUCUACAGGUUGCUCUUGACUAUGCUUGUGGAUAUGGAGGUGCAGACUGCUCAGCAAUACAACCAGGAGCUAGCUGUUAUAACCCCAACACUGUCCGUGAUCAUGCUUCCUAUGCAUUCAACGACUACUACCAGAAGAAUCCAGUACCUACUAGUUGUGUAUUCGGAGGGACGGCAUCGCUUACAAGCAAUGAUCCAAGUAAUGGGAAUUGCAAAUUCGGAUCACCCAAGGCAACAAGCGUUAGUCCACCACCACCAAUAUUUGUCAGUCCACCAAGUCCGCCAACUCCAAUGCCUCCUACUCAACCAGGCUUGACAGUUCCUGGUGGUGACGGAUCAACUGUCUUUGGUUCAGAACCAACAGGAAGCCCCAACACUGCCACAUCUGCCUUUUAUUCCCUGCCGCUGUUGCUCACAUGUGGCUUGUUGGCUUCCCUUCAAAUAGCAAAUUAAAUCUAGACGAUGAACAAGUUCCUGUCA